GGGUAUUAAUCCAGAAUGGAAAUAAAUAAAAACGCAAAAAACGCGUCCAGGUAUAGAAAUAUUGGCGCCAAGACUUCUAUGUUUACAGUCUAAAAGUUAUUUCAAUUUAUUUAUCACAAAUAAUUACAACAGAUAAAAAUUUAAGAUGUUGGAUGAUGCGACACUAGGACGUCUUCGGAGCUACGUAGUUGAUAGCAACGAAGUCCUAGAGUUCAAACUGGUGCGAGAUGAGCGUGAUCUCGAAGAUAAAGAGACUUCUUUUCUUCCGGAGAUGUCUCACCAGGUAUUUGGUGACAGCGAGACCAUAUUCGGGUACAAAGAUCUUAAAAUAAAGUUGUACUACUCCGCUGGAUGUUUGGAGACUUAUCUGGGAAUGAGUUACUCAGAGAAAUUCCGGAAAGGAAUGGACGAUGAAGUUGAGCCCGAUGAAGUCCUGCCUAAACUGAUGGACAAGUUAGCGCCCCAUGUUCAUGAUAACUUGGAUUCGUUCAUCAAGUCACUGACCAAGGAGGACACAUUCAGACCCGCUGGAGAACUGAUACACUCGUUUACUGUCACUGAUGAUGAGGACAAGACGCGUAAUUUUGAAGUAUUUAAAGCAGACAUGACUUGCAAAGGAUUCAAGGAAUAUCAUCAACGAUUACAGACAUUUUUACUCUGGUACAUAGACGCUGCUAGUUUUAUAGACAUCGAUGAUGACCAGUGGCAUUACUUCAAUAUGUUUGAAAAAUACACAUCGACAUCCGGGUGUUCACGUUACGCAACCGUUGGUUUUGCUACUGUCUAUCAGUAUUAUGCUUAUCCAAAUCAUACUAGACCGCGUAUUGCUCAAAUUCUCGUUUUGCCGCCAUUCCAAGGUCUGGGACUGGGCGCACAUUUAUUGAGAGCCAUUUAUCGACAGUAUAUUGGUGAUAAUCAUGUUACUGAUAUCACUGUUGAAGAUCCUUCGACGAACUUCCAAAGAGUACGAGAUUACGUUGACGCGCUGAACUGCUUGACUCUACCGUCUUAUGGGCUCGAGUUCCUCCAGCAGAAGUUCAACAAGACUAUGGCUCUAGAAGCGCGGGAAAAGUUUAAGAUCAACAAACGACAAGCCAGGAGGAUCUACGAAAUUUUGAGGCUGAGAGUCACCGACCUGGCUAAUGAGAAAGAGUAUCGCGAGUACAGAUUAGAAGUCAAGAAGCGUCUCAAUGUUCCUUACAAACGCGAGCGCAGAGAUUUAAAGAAGUUGGAGUCGGUUGUCAAGAGUCUAGAUCAAAAAGAAAGUGGGAAUGUCAUUCUUCUGCCCAAUGAACAGCGUAUUCAAACACUAGAGAAAGAAUACCGCGCACUCGAAGACGAAUACAAGAAAGUUAUAAAACGUCUUGAUGAAACUUCCGAGCAGUGAUUAUUUUUUUAGUACCCAAUUAAUUACUAUUACUAUUAUUAUUAUUAUUAUUAUUAUUAUUAUUAUUAUUAUUAUUAUUGUUUUUUUUAUACAUUAUUUUUUUUUGUUUGAAUUUUUUUGCAUCGUUUUAUUUUUAAAGGCAUUCUCAGGCCACUUUUUGAAAAUUUUCAAUUAAUUUCAGCUGUCAUCACGGUAUUAAAAUUUUUUUAAUUAAAUUACAAAAAAUUAAAGCAUUAAAGAAGGACAAUUUUACGGAGAUACAUUUAAAUAAAGUACUUACAUUUGUUAUCAAUUAGAAGCUAAACAAAACUUUAUCCUAAAAAAUUUGAAAAUUCGAAUUAUAAAGUUGAUGUUUUUACUGAAAUUUAUUUUUCAAAUUUCUUUAAGCUCCUAAUUGCUAACAAUUAAUUAAUUUUUUAAAAAAUUAAUCUCAGCAAAAUUAUAACUUGUCUUUUUUUUAAUUAAUUGAUAAAAUUUCAUACUGUUAUGACAGGUCCAGUUCAUUAAAUAUUUUAAAAAAGUGUGAGGUAUCGUCUGAGAAUUUCCUCAAAAAACUUGCUCUUGAUACUUUGCUUUCUUGAAUUAUUUAAUUUAAAAGUGUACUGUAAAUAAUGCUUGUAAAACAAGUGCAUAAAUAAAUACAGUUUUUUCACUUGAUUAUUAAUUAA